AUGGCUUAUAUGAGCAACUGUGGCCUGCGAUCCGAAGCAUCUUUCCGGCUUCGGUUCGUCACAAUACUGGCCCACAUGAUGCGAGACGACCAGCAGAUGCAAGACGCCACAUGCUACGACGAUCUGGUAACGGCGUAUAGCACCAAUCCUUUGACGCCAAGUGGGAUGUGUAUCGGUACCCUGAGCCCGCUACAAGCGGUUAUGCAGGGCCUCAGAGGAACCGAGAGUUUCUCCAGAUUCUGA